AUGUUUAAGAAGCACGCUACAAGUGGAAAAGCUAUUGUUGACCAACCAAAAUCAUCUGAUCAGGAUCUCUUGCAUCCUCCAGGGUUUGAACCUAUGGCAUCGCAUCCUGUCGGGUUUACAUCUGGCCCCCAGCACCCACCAGGGUUUACACCCGACCCUUCGCAUCCUCCCGGUUUCACCCCAGUGCACAUUUCAGUUAGAUCGCCAGCUGUGCAAGAGGCUCACCCAGGAGUCUAUAUAGAGAAUCAACAAAAUCAUAAUGAGCCCGCAUUUCAAACCGAUUACCCAUCGGCUACUAAGGCAAGACCCAUUGAAUCAGGCGUAGAAGAGUUACCACCUGAUUUUCAGGAAGUCUCGGAAAAAGGAAGGGUUAACAGUGAUAUAACCCAGCAGUUGAAAAGCCUGGAGGAAAGAAUGAGAUCAGUAGAAGUUGAGCCAUUCUAUGGAAUGGUUGCUAGAGAGCUAAGUUUGGUGCCUGACCUGAUUCUACCCCCGAAGUUCAAAGCACCAGACUUUGAAAAGUAUGAUGGAACUACUUGCCCAUCAGCUCACCUCGUCAUGUUCUGCAGAAGAAUGGCAGGAUCCCAGAUCAAGUCAUGGAGAGACUUGGCUCGAGCAUUUUAUGAACAGUAUCGUCACGUCACCGAACUAGUACCUGACAGAUGGACAUUGCAGAACAUGGAAAAGCGACAUAAUGAAACUUUCAGGCAGUACGCCCAAAGGUGGCGUGAUGUUACCUCACAAGUACAGCCACCGUUGCUGGAAAAGGAGGCUACGGUUAUCUUUGUACAUACUCUGAAGGCUCCAUAUUUGGGGCAUAUGUUGGGAAAUGCUACGAAGAAUUUUGCUGACUUGGUUCUUUCUGGAGAAUUAAUCGAAAAUGCCAUUAAAAGUGGCAAGAUUGAAGGAGGUGAUGGGUCGAAGAAGCCCUAUUUCAAGAAAAAAGACAAUGAAGUGAGCCAGACGAGUACUUAUAAAAAGAACUACGCAUCCAGCGUCACGAUUUCGCAGCCUAAGACGGAGAAUACCAACACCCAUGAAAAUAGAUGGCAGAGAAGGGAGAAUACAAGACCGACUUUCUCACCAGUACCAGUACCAUAUUCAGAAAUCUACGCCUUGCUCUUGAAGGCAGAUUUAAUACGCCCUUACAAAUUGACUCCGAUGCAGCCACCUUACCCUCACUGGUAUAAUGCCAAUGCUCACUGUGAAUACCACGCAGGGAUUGCUGGGCAUGAUAUCGAGAACUGCCCAAUUUUUAAGAAGGUUGUACAAAACCUUAUCAACGCUGGAGAUUUGGAAUUCAAAACACCAGCUGUAAAUACUCACCCUAUGCCCAAUCAUGGGGGGCAAGGAAUCAACAUGGUCGAAGAAGGAGAGAUCAGGACGACCAAGAGAAAGGUGUCAGAAGUCAAAUCUCCCCUCUGUUGGGUGUUCAUGCAGCUGUGUACAUCGAGAAUGAUUAAGGGAAGUCCCGAAUCAAGGUCAUUGGAACAAGAAACAUACUGUGAACAUCACCAAACUAAGGAGCAUGAUAUCCAGAAUUGUCCUGAAUUUCGAGAAUUGCUUCAGAAAAUUAUGGAUAGUGGAGAAGUGGAAUUUUUCAGUAAGGAAGAGAAACCACGAGAAAUAGAUAUCUGUAUGAUGGAUGGCUCGGGAAGAAUGACGGGGACGAGAAAACCGAUAGUCAUCACAAUUAAUCCGGGACAAGAGAGAUCAUCGUCAACAACUCCAAGGGUGGUGAUUACAACUCUGUCCCCCUUCCCAUUCAAGGAUACCCGACAGGUUCCUUGGAGUUAUACAGCCAAUGUAUCAAUACCAGAGGGGUCCAAGAAAUCUGAAAGAACAAACGAGGAAAAUAAAUCAAGCUCAGAAGAAGUAGGUGAGGUGAGACAUUUCACACGAAGCGGAAGAUGCUACUCACCAGAAAUGUCCCUCGAGAUAGACAAAGGAAAAGCUAAAGCCAAAGCCGUCGUAAUGCCAAAAAUUUUCAAAGAAGAACCUCCACCGAUCAUUAACGAGCCUAUGACUGAAGCUCAAGGUCAUGAGUUUUUGAGGUUUCUUAAGCACAGUGAAUACAAUAUAGUGGAACAGCUUCACAAACAGCAGGCAAAAAUCUCAAUCUUGGAUCUUUUGAUCAAUUCCAAAGUACAUCGGAACGCCUUGCUAAAAGUGCUCAACUAA